AUGUUCGAAAAGAAGACACAGGUGAACGCUACGUGGGGCUUGGGUCGAAUCUCGCACAUUGAGCCUGGUCAGAAUAAUUACCUUUACGAUUCCACUGCUGGCGAAGGCACAUGCGUAUAUGUCGUCGAUACCGGUAUCGAGACCACUCAUCUAGAAUUCGAGGGCCGCGCCUACUUCCUUGCAGAUUUUAGCGAAGAGGGAGACCAGAUUGACGGUGCGGGACAUGGUACUCAUGUUGCUGGCACAAUCGGUUCCCUCACAUGGGGUGUGGCAAAGAAGACGACUCUUUUCGCAGUUCGAGUGCUGGACUCUUCCGGUACCGGUACAAAUGCUGGCGUCCUUGCCGGUAUGCAGUUUGUUAUCACGGAUGCAAAAGAGCGUAUGGACGCCGGAGAUUGCCCGAAAGGAGCCUUGGCCAAUAUGAGCCUUGGGGGAAGAAAAUCUCAAGUCAUGAAUGAUGCUGCUGCUGCUAUCGUUGCGGCAGGUAUCUUCCUUGGUGUCGCCGCAGGCAAUGAAGGCACGUUGGCUGAUUACUCAUCUCCAUCAUCUGAACCUACUGUAUGUACCGUGGCCGCUACAGCAAACAAUGGUACGCUCAUCGAAUGGUCCAACUAUGGUCCCCGGGUCGAUAUUCUGGCACCUGGUGUUGAGAUCACCAGCACUUGGAUUGGUGGAGGCAUCAACACUAUAUCUGGAACCAGUAUGGCCACUCCGCAUGUUGUCGGCGUAGCUGCGUAUUUCGCAGGUCUGGGAGCACGGGUAGAAGGUCUGUGCGAACAUCUUGCUAGUACCGCGACAAAGGGUGCGAUCGAUGAUAGCACGCUCCAUGAGGGUACACCUAACGCUCUCGUAUAUAACCAGGCGGAGGGAAUUAAACAUUACGGUAGACGUACUGGCCAGGCCAUGUAG